AAAUUCGGAAACAAGACCUUUCAGAUUUUUUUGCGGAACAAGCUAACCUUCAACUUAUAAAAGAUUUUUUAAAAUGUAUGCUUGAUAUUAGAAAAUUUAUUACCGAUGUUUCUCAACUCAGUUCAUUUGGUAACUUCUUUCAGGCUGGUAAUAUUGUACAGAAAUAUAAAGAUUUAUCUGGUAGAUUUGAUGGGUACAUGGCAUCUUUAAAUUUCGCCGUGAGCAAAUCUACUUACAAGAGUGUUCAAAACAUAAGUUAUGAUUUUGGAAGUGCUGAUUUAGAGUUUGAACUCAAAUCUAUUAAAGAAGAUUUGACUGAAAUGAAAAAGUUUAUGUUUGAUAUGUCUGAUGGUAAAACUGGUCCAGACGAAAAUACCUUUACAGAUAUCAAAAGGAUUAGAGAAUUAAACGUCCGUUAUCAACGGGAACAACGUAAAAAUACUGAAACCUCAAUUAAGCCUAUUCCUUUCUUGAAUUUAGACGAUUACGAACCUAGAUUUGACAUUGAACCUC